CAUAGAGAAGCCAAACUGGAGGAAAUCUAAACAGCCAUCUCAAAGUCCAAUUGGGGCAACUAUAUUCAAUCGUUAUAGCUUCCGGACACUCCUCGGAUCAGUUUUUCUUUUUUCUUUGCUCGCGGGGACCUCUAAAAAUCGUCGCAGAUGGAAUGCUCCUCCCUCAUGGUAUCAUAUCAAGGUGGGGAAGUUGGGGCAACACCCCGCAUUGGUCUGCCAGUGAUGCGCUCCAAUGGCGCGUGAAGACGCAGACACGAGCCUCCAAUAAAACUCCGUUACGGACAUAAAAAAAGGGCAAUUGUUUCUUCGCCUCCGUCAUAUUCUCGACUGUAUCUACUGGCUCGAGUGUUCUUGCUCUCGAAGGACCGUUGAGCCAUGCCUGACAAAAUCCUGGACGAAAUCUCUCAUCGGAGGUACAACCCCUUGACCGGCGCAUGGCUUCUUGUCUCGCCCCAUAGGACCAAGCGUCCCUGGCAGGGCCAGCAGGAGGCGCCAUCCAAGAACCAGCUCCCCUCCUAUGACCCCGAAUGCUACCUGUGCCCGCGGAACAAACGUGCUCAGGGCGACGAGAACCCGGACUACAGGAACACGUUGGUUUUUGUGAAUGACUAUAGCGCCGUUAAGGAGGAACAGGCCGAGUACAAGCCCGAGGCCAAUGCUGGGGAUCUCGGAUCGCUGUUGCUGCGCGCCGAGGCGACCACAGGCCGAUGCUACGUCCUCACCUUCUCGGCCAAGCACGACGUCACACUGGCCGACAUGACAGCCCAGGAGAUACUCCCCGUGAUCAACGUGUGGACCGACAUUUACGCCUCCCACGUGUCCCCCUUGAGCCCGCUGGCCGCCGCCGCCGCCGCCGCGCGUGAGAGACUGGCCGUGUUGCCCGAGAACAAGGUCACGGCCCCGCCUCACCAGCUCCGGUACAUGACCAUAUUCGAGAACAAGGGCGCGGCCAUGGGCUGCUCGAACCCGCACCCGCACUGCCAGGUCUGGACGACGUCGAGCAUGCCUGAGGAGCCGGGCAAGGAGCUGGCGCAAAUGUCCAAAUACAGGAGCGAGCACGGCGGACGCCACAUUCUGGGAGAUUACGUCAAACUGGAGCUUGAGAAGCAGGAGCGCGUCCUCUGGCAGAACGAUGGCUUCCUCGUCGUUUGCCCCUGGUGGGCCCUCUGGCCAUUCGAGGUGCUUGUUAUUGCCAAGCGCCACGUCCGCGCCCUUGUCGACCUUACCGACGAUGAGAGGCUGCAGUUUGCCGAGGCGAUCCAAGAGGUCACUCGCCGUUAUGACAAUCUUUUCGAGACGAAUUUUCCGUAUAGCUCUGGGCUCCACCAGGCACCCCUUGACUGUAGCGAGGACGAGGCGGAAAGCAGCUGGUUCCACAUGCACUUCUAUCCCCCCUUGCUCAGGUCCGCGACUGUCAAAAAGUUCCUUGUUGGGUAUGAACUCAUGGCCGAGCCACAACGCGAUAUCACACCCGAGCAGGCAACUGCUCGUCUGAGGGCAUGUGGUGGCGACCUGUACCGAAAGUCUCUCUGAGUUUCACCAGUCUACCUGCCCAGGCGGCUAUUCCAACAUAUAUAUACCAUGCAUUACGGGCCCCCAAGAGAGCUAUAAACCAGAUCUUGCACCGCACACGCUCUCCCCCACUCAUUAC